CGCUUUUAAAGUUUUAUCGUGAAAGAGUCGAAUAAAUAACUUAUAAAUUUCUCUUCUAGCUCUUUUUAUAGUUUCCAUUAGCAAAAUUGAAAAUCAAUAUUAAAUGCAUUUUAUGUUCGAUUAAAAUUUCGGGAAACAAGGAAAUUUAUUUCUAUCCUUUUUUCGGGCUUGGAGGGGUUUGCCAAAGAGGAGAGGGCAAAAACAGUUUCACAACAUUUUUUCUGCGCCUGUGCAGUUGGAGAAAGCGAGACACGCCAGUACAUUCCUCGGCAGUGAGCUUUAGUCGUGUGAAAGCUUCAUCACAACGGUUGCUUUUAUUGUCCGGUGAAGACGCUCCUCUGACCGUGUUUUGAUCCUUUGGUAUUCGGAAUCUGUGCUCCGUACGUUUUAAACACUUUCUGUCAUUCAAGUGACAUUCGUGUCUCUUAAAAAAAGUGAACGGUUGUUUUAAAGGCUCUUUGGGCAUUAACCAUGGCAAAUUUUAUGUGGUGGAUUUUACUCAUAUUCGGUACUAAUUUAAACAAUAAAGCUUUUGUGGAAAGUCGUGCGGUAAAUAUUAGCAACACUUGGACAUUGCCUCAAGAGGGAUUCUCCGUGUUCUACCGUUUCUUUCGUGAUAAAAUUUCCUGGUUUGAGGCUGAUGCAGUUUGCCAAUUUCAUCAUGCCAAUCUUGUCACAGUUGAUAAUGGGAUUCAAUUUGAUGCCGCUAGAGCUUUCCUUAAGGAGCUGGAUGUCACUGAACCCGUUUGGAUUGGAUUGAUGCGUCCACAAAAUUCAGAAAGAUUCGUCUGGACAAAUGCAAAGCCCCUUGUCCCAACAUCCGGCUACUGGGCGGAAUCUUUGCCUGCAAUAGACUCACCAUUAUGUGCUGUUAUUGAUCCACUUCGAGACUUUCGAUGGCAUGCUCUGCGGUGUGGUGGGCCGGAGACUGCAGCAUUUUUGUGCGAACUAAGCGUACCGAGCUGGGCAUCCGAUUGCGCAAUCACGGCAAUGCCAUCGCUCACAAUUCAGUACAUGUCCGACAGCGGCAUGGUCCAAUUAUCCCGGGACUGUGGUGACGAAGGAGGGCGUCAUAUGACGUGCAAGGGGAAGCAGGAUAGGGAUACAAUACUCAAGCAAUUAAUAUGUACGGAUGAGAAUGCUGUGGAAAUGUCCGUGAAUAAUCUAAUUAUGCCGGAAGAUAAUACCUCAGCAGCAAAGUCGAUUAAUCACGAUUUGACAUUGGCCAAGGAGGUGGAAAACGUACAGUCAGAUAACAAUGAGGACAAUAAUAUAGAGGUAGCGAUAAGCAGGGCUGAUACUGGGAUAGGAAAUGACAAUAAUAUCGUGAAGAUCACUUUGGAAGAUUUAAUGGUUGGCGAUCAACCAAUCGAUGAACAACAAACACUUUUUACUGACGAGAUGACCAAAACCUCAGGAUCUAAGAAGGGUUUGCCCAAGGACAAGAAACCUUACAGUGGGAAGAAAAUACGUGGACGGCAUCCCUUGGAUGAUGUAAUGAUGGGUGAUCAGCCUCCUGUCGAUGUAACUACUCCAGAAGUCCUACCACAUGUCAAGAAAAUGCUUCAACAGGACCUAAAGCUCAAAGAUAUUCCAAAUUUUGAUGAUAAAAGUCUUAUGACAACGUCAGACUCUUCAAAGAUAACAGCUUCUUCAAUAAUUGUCCCCUCAACAGAGUUACCCAGUGAGGCUAGUAUUAUACUAUCAACAACCAUAAUGUUCACAUCCCAGGACCCCGAAAGAAAUACUACAGACAACAACGAAAAUGAAAUUUCCACUGAACAUGAACCCUUAGCCACGGCUUCCGUCACAAAUGACAUGGUUUCCGUAGUUGCGGCAGGUCAUGCGAUUUCCACAGAUGAGGGUACCGGGAAAAAUAUCAUACAUCCAUUGCAUAUCUCAUCAGACUCCUCUAAACAAGCCAGUGGUUUCAUUAAACCACCACAUCGAAAAGAGGAAUCGACGCAAUUAACAGCUGAUGAUCAUUUUAUUCCACCCAUGUUACUUGUAAAAGCUAAGUUUACUGCGUCAUCCACGAGAUCACAUUUUGAAGUGGUGACUGAAUCUCCUAAUAGUACUUCAAACUCCUCAGAUGGGAAUCCAAUAAAACAAGUUACUGCUGAAGAGAGUCUUGCUAAAGAAAGUGAAACAGAGACUAACAACACGGGGUCUACAUUAACAAGUGAUUUACCAUCUUCUUUACCCACGGUGUCCCCGCCUGUGCACAAUGGCGCAAUCACCGACAAGUCUGAAUUAAUUCAGGAAGUCACCCCAUCAUCUCCGGCGACGAGGCAAUCACUGGCACCAUCUGGCUCCACUGUGAGUGGUGAAAGUGUCCGUGGGAACACGGAGAGCGCGAAUGCCAACAUCUCACAGAGCAAGAAAGUGACUUCAACAACAGAGUCAGUAGAGACGACAAUCUCUCCAUCGAACAGCAACUACCUUCUGGCCCAAAGACGACUCGACUACGAAAACAGUUUUUCAAAUAUCGAAAACUACCAGCCCUAUCGACCAAAUCGCCGGCGAUCUCUUACAAAACCAGACUCGGUGUCAUAUUUAAAGAAAAUCCUCGGUUAAGGAUGGCGUAUGUGAGCUCGCAAAUUGUAGUCACACCUCGCCUAACUGAAUGUAAAAAGAAAGAAAAAAUAAGGUAGAAGUUGGAGGUUGAAAAAGGCGGAAGACACAUGAUAAGUAGCGAAGCGGAGAAAUAUGAAUAUACCAUAAUUGUAGGAAAAUUCAAUAAAGUUUGUCAAUUUCUCUGCAAUCUAUUUAUUUCAUGUUCUACCCGCUUGUUAUUUUAGUGACCGCAAAAUUUCUAUAUAAUAAAAAGAAAAACAAUAGCGACAAUUUGCCAAAAAAUGUUAUAAGAAAUUAUUAAUUUAUGUAAUUAAUAGGAGAAGAAUGCAGAAGAAGUCAAUGGUGGUGGCCAAACAAAAUAUUAAAAAUAUAAUGCCACCUCAUUUUCCCAUAUCCCCAUUAAUAGAAAAAAAACAAACAAUUCUCUUAGCGAAUGUUCUGGCACAUUUUAUAAAAAAAAAUAAGAAAUUAAUUUCAAAAUCGUAUUUAUAAAUAUGAUGAGCUGAGAAAAGUUUGAGAGUUAUCUUUUUUUGUUAAUUAGCUAUUUAAUAGAAAAUUUAAAAGCAAAACUGAUAGUGAAAUAGAAAUUUGCAAUUGAAGUUAAUUUUUUAUGUCCACUAAUGAUGUAAAAUCUCUAUUUACAAAACAAUGUAUUUAGGAGAUAUGCUACUUCACAAACAGCUACUCAAAAUUUUAAUAAGUUUUAAAAGUCUCUAACUUAGGGAUAUUCAGAUGAAAUAUUAUAACAGUAUGAUUAAUUGUAUUUAGACGAAUAACUUUCUUCCAAAGUAUUUCAAUGGAACGUAAGCAGCAAACCCUCUUAUUAGAAUAAAUACUCCCUGAUCCUCUUUCGUGACAAGUGAAAGAGUACUAGAUGGAAAAAAAGUAAGGGUGUUGCAAAAAAAAAGAAAAAAUCCUAGUGGAUGAGCACAGAGAAGUCAGGGAGGAAGUAUUUUAUGUAAAAACUUUUCUCUUCUUGCCUUUUGUUUAGCAGAUAGGCGUUGUUUUUUGUUAAUAAAAUAGUCAAAACAACAUUUCCGCAAAAUCACACACAGUUUGCGCACUCCUUUCACUUCUCCUUGGUUUUUUUUUUGUCUUCAACUUCCCGCCCGGGCCCCUAUAUGGAUUAAAGCCCUCCAUUUGGCGGGAUGUGAGGGGAGGGACACAAUUCUAAGGAAUAUCCGGAAUGGAAUGAGUUAGAAAUCUCAACCAGCAGAUUUUCAAGUCUGAUAUAACACAAUUUUUUUUCACACUCCAAGCAUUGCUCCUCAUAAUCUCUUCAGCCAAUUGGUUUCUUUGUCCACCCUCAUCUUUGAGAUUGGGGAAUGAAAUAAAACACGAAAUGAUGUAACAUGAUAAAAUAAAAUAAAAACGUGGAAACUUUAUGACCAGCAAAACACAGUUGAAAAAAGUUUUCCGCUCAUUAGUCGUGGCGAAGUUUUUUCAUCUCUUUCUCACUCUAUCUCUCCGGAGGAUUAUUACAAUUUUAGGGGACAAGGAAAAAUGAAUUUUUCUUACCCAAAAAUGGAAGUAAUACAGAACAAAAACUUUCCCUCUCUCAUUGUUGUUAAAAGUUGAUAAUACUCCAAUACCAUCCACAGAAACACGUGCUUGGAUGUAUAUCCAAAAAUUUCACCAACAAGAAAAAAGCUCCAAAAGUUGAGGAACUAAACUAACUAAACAAUGAAAAAUGUAGUACGAGUAGAAUGCAUAACAUAAGAAGCAUAAGAAUAGUAAAUACAAAAAAAUGAAGACAAGUUAAUAAAAUUAACAAAUAAUUUAAAAAAAAGACAUAAAAUAAUGCCUAAGCAUAAGAAGCACUUCGUAAUUUAGACUUGACUUUCUAAUUACCACAUUAAACUUAAAGUUUGCAUAGGAAUUUUAAAAUAAUAAUAAUGUAAUGAUAGUGAGCAAACCCUUAAAAAAUAUAGAAAAAUCUCCGAACUUCCAAGAAAAUGUGACAAUUUUUUAAAUUGAAAAUAAAUAAAAACUAUAGGGAUUUCUUUACUAAGGCAAUACUUAUUUUGAUUUCUUAAUAAUUUGCAUAGAAUUACGAUAAAAAUUCAUGAAGAGUCCCAAUAUUGUUAUGUUAUAAUUUUUUUUUUAAAUGAGCAAUGAAAGUAGCGAAUGUUUAUGUGGUUUUUCCUAUUAAUAUCAUAAAGUGGCAACAAAUGACCUCUACUGAAGUCCUCUAAUUGUCUGUCUAAUGACAUGGCCUCUGUGGCCUCUAAUUGUCUGUAGAGGCCAUAAGUGUUAGAUCUAUCUCUAAGCUAAGUUAAAGUUAGAUUUAACGAAAAUUAAUCACGCCAUUUGUUAAUUAAAUUACUUUCAAUUUAUAGAGAAAAAAUAUUAAAAAUGUUUUAUAAAGAGAAACAGAUAUUGUUAGAAAUCCUCCGUAGAGUUAAUCAAAGAACAUCUUUUACAUAGAAAAUUAAAUACAAUUCCAAAUAUUGACACAAAAUUUGAAUGAUUCUAAAAGAAGCGCGGUUUAUUUUUUGAGUGUAACUUCUAUGAUUCGCAUAAUAGAAAAUCUAUCAAUUUUAAAUUAUAGUUAAUAAUAUCCCAAAAAAUAACGCAAUCUCCAAAAAAAAUCUUAUUAGGGGGAUUAUUCAGCAAAUAAAAUAUCAUUUUUUGCAAAAUAUUAGUGAAAAAAGAGAAAACACAAUGAGUAUUGCCAAAGAAAGUCAUGCCAAAUUACUGUAUAAAUUUGCCAUUUUUAAAAGCAAACAACUAUAUUUUUUUUUUAAUUUUUCUGUAAAAGGUUGUUGUGUUAGAGGAAAAAAAUCUUAGCUCCCUGUAAUUUCAAUCUCUGGGCUUUAGAUUUAAAAUUCAAAACAAUUGCUAUUCUAUAACUUCAUGCAUCGAACACCUAAUUGCUGAAAUUUUUGAGUUCUUUUAAUAGAUAAGUUCAAUAAAAAUACGCAAUGAAGAAAGAAUUUUUCUAUUAAACUCUUAUUGUAUAUGUACAAAAAAAAAGUAUCGAAUGAUUUUCUCACAAGAAUAAUGUUACUAAAUAUUUUUCUUUUACUUUUAGAAUAAUCUGUUAAAAAUCCCUUUCGAAUUUCUUCCUUAAACAAAUUAAACAAGAAGCCCACACAAUAUUCGGGCGAUUCGAGAGUUAUUUUCUUUUUACAGAAUUAAUACACAAGAGAUAAUAUGAAUGAAUUUAUUAUUAUGAUAUAUGAAUGAAAUAAAAAGAUGUUUUAUUAAAUUAGAA